CAAGAGUAAUGAAUUUCUCUGGGUCCCCCUAAUCCCUACGGUCCUUGGGCGGUGGGAGUGUCACCAUAGUGCACAGUUUCAUCAUGCACUCUUUUCGAUUUUCCUUACAACUCACCACAACAUUAACACACCGUACUCUAUGUCCCCAAUCUCACGCUACAAAUACCCCUCUUCACACUCCGCCAUUUGUGACCAUUCCAUUGCAUUGACCUGAACCCCAUUUUCUAAAGGGCCUGAAAGAAACGCUCUGACAUUGGAAGAAGAUGGAGGGAAAAGAAGAGGAUGUGAGAGUUGGAGCAAACAGAUAUGGCGAGAGGCAACCGAUAGGAACUUCUGCGCAGGUGCAAGAUGCCAAAGACUACAGAGAACCACCCUCUGCGCCUCUCUUUGAGCCUGGAGAGUUGUCAUCGUGGUCUUUCUAUAGGGCUGGCAUAGCAGAGUUUGUGGCCACCUUCUUGUUCCUUUACAUUACAGUCUUAACUGUCAUGGGUGUGGCCAAAUCAGACUCUAAGUGCUCCACUGUAGGGAUCCAAGGCAUUGCUUGGGCUUUUGGGGGAAUGAUCUUUGCUCUUGUUUACUGCACUGCUGGUAUCUCAGGGGGUCAUAUUAACCCAGCAGUGACAUUUGGGCUGUUCUUGGCACGCAAACUGUCUCUGACAAGAGCAAUAUUUUACAUAAUUAUGCAGUGCCUGGGAGCUAUCUGUGGGGCAGGUGUGGUUAAGGGUUUUCAACCAAACCUGUACGAGAGACUUGGUGGUGGUGCCAAUUCAGUGGGUACAGGUUAUACAAGAAAAGCUGGUCUGGGAGCAGAGAUUGUGGGUACAUUUGUGCUUGUUUACACUGUCUUCUCUGCAACUGACGCAAAGAGAAAUGCUAGAGACUCCCAUGUUCCAAUAUUGGCACCAUUGCCUAUUGGUUUUGCUGUCUUUUUGGUGCACUUGGCUACAAUUCCUGUUACAGGGACUGGUAUCAACCCUGCCAGAAGUCUUGGUGCAGCCCUUGUAUACAACAAGGACUCAAUUUGGGAUGAACAUUGGAUUUUUUGGCUUGGGCCUUUCAUUGGAGCAGCACUUGCAGCUUUGUACCAUCAGGUAGUGAUCAGGGCGAUCCCCUUCUCGUCCAAGUGAUGCAACACUGAGGGUAAAUUGAAGCAAUGCUUCAAAAAUAAAAGUAGUAAUUCCCAUGUAAAACAUGUUCCUAUCGCUUCUGCUAAUGAUUUAUUACUACUAUUGUUAAUGUAUGUUUUAUUUAUCUCUUCAAAUCUCCUGUAUUCGGAUACGCUAAAGAACUUGUUGAAACAGUGGUAACCAUGGUUCAUUUCUCUCUA